AUGUUACGACGUACCCGGCUCGUCGAUUAUUGUCGUGUGGCUGUCAACGGUCACGUUGAAUUGGCCACCUCGUCUGUCCAAUUGUAUCACAUGCAUCUCGCCGUUGUCGAAGACCUGUCCAGGGCCGCUGAUCGGUCGGUAGCGCUCACCGUUCAACGAAAGAUACAGUUGGCCUUUGCGCUGCAGGGUUCACAACAUUCAGAUUUGAAAGGGCGACAAGAAGAAAGAGGUACAAGUCACGGGUAG